UGCUGCCUCCGGGGAUGAAGAGAAGCCCCUGAGGAAGUGGCGUGGCCAUUGCUCCCACAGCAUCUUUCAUCUGCCCCACUUGGGUCAGUUAAUUUUAUUGGCCUUCAGUCUACUUUUCCAAGAGGCCAUGGAAGUAUAAAUAAUAAAGCAAGAAAAGCACAUCCGUUUGGCUGGCUCCGGGGAAUUCUUCUGAAUGCGCUGACAAUCUCCAAGGAAAAUGAACCCUGCUCUGGGCCUGGGCCUGCUUCUGGCUGGCCUCCUUACUGUGGAAGGUCUCCUGAAGCCUAACUUCUCUCCAAAGAAUCACGGAGCUGGGUGGCAGGCCCGAGCGUGGAAGGGAAGUAGGGCAGUCCAGGAGCUCGCAAGGCGGAACACAGAAUUCGGCUUCAAGCUUUACAAGAAGCUGGCCUCCAGCAGCCCCAGCACAAACAUCUUCAUAUCCCCCUUGAGCAUCUCCAUAGCUUUCUCCAUGCUGUCUCUGGGGGCCCAGGACUCCACCCUGGACGAGAUCAAGGACGGCUUCAACUUCAAGAAUAUGCUGGAGAAAGACCUUCAUGAGGCCUUUCAUUUCCUCAUCCAAAGCCUGAGCCAGAGGGACCAGGAUCGUGAGCUGAGCCUCCAGAAUGCCUUGUUUAUCGACCAGAGGUUGCGGCCAGCAGAGAAGUUUCUGACAAAUGUCAAGAACCUGUACGAUACAGAUACUGUCCCCACCAACUUCCAGAACAUGGAAAAUACUCAGAAGCAGAUCAAUGACUAUGUCAGUCAGAAAACCCAGGGGAAAAUCAACAACCUGAUCAAGAAUAUAGACCCUGGCACAGUGAUGCUUCUUAUAAAUUGUAUUUUCUUUCGAGCCAGGUGGGAACAUGAAUUUGAUCCAAAAGCAACUAAAGAGGAAGAUUUCAUUCUGGAUGGAAACAAGCCAGUGAGGGUCCCUAUGAUGUUCCGUGGGGGCAUGUAUGCGGUGGGCCAUGACGACCAGCUCUCCUGCACCGUCCUGGAAACGCCCUACCAGGGCAACAUCACUGCCACCUUCAUUCUUCCUGAUGAGGGCAAAAUGAAGCAGGUGGAGGAAGCCUUGAGGACAGACACUUUUGCCAGAUGGAAAAGAUUAAUCACACAAAGGGUUACAGAUGUGUCCUUGCCCAGGUUUUCCAUCACCGGUACCUACGACCUGAAGAAGACUCUCUCCCACCUGGGGAUCACCAAAAUCUUUGAGGAGCACGGUGAUCUCACCAGGAUCUCCCCUCAUCGCAGCCUGAAAGUGGGCGAGGCGGUGCACAAGGCUAAGCUGAAGAUGGAUGAGAAGGGUGCAGAGGGGGCUGCGGGCUCCGGAGCACAGACGCUGCCCAUGGAGACGCCGUUCAUCGUCAAGCUCAACAGACCCUUUCUGCUGAUCAUUGUAGAGAAGGUCACAAAUUCAGUGCUCUUCUUGGGGAAGAUCGACAAUCCUACUGGGAAAUAAGGGGGAAUUCGGACUUGCUGCAGACCCCAACCGUGGCCUGGAGCUGAAAACGUUUCAUCUCACUGGGACUGAGGCCACAGGGAUGUUCUAAUCUAGUCCCGCAUCCUCAUGAGCUCCCAAGACCACCGUCCAAACAGGCAGCACUGGCUCUGGGGGCUUCUGUGGGCUGUUUCCUCCCUUAGCCCCCUCCCCACCCAUUCAAAUGUCAGAUCAGAUGUGCCACCCUCACCCACUGGGCGAGAUCUCGCCCCCUGGUGGGCAGAGGGGUUUGGUGAUUUAAUAAACAACAACCUGC